AUGUCUGUGCUUGCAUGUGGUGCAAACCGCGCAGGAGAGGCUGUCGAGCUCUAUAUCAUUCUCAAAGUCGCUGCAGACUUCGACAAUCUGCUGGAUAUUGUGGUCACGAAUCCGAGGACCGUUGGGAGCGCCACUAAGGAUGGCAGUGUUACGAAUGCGAGAGCUCGGACUAUGCAUAAGCAAGGAGCGCCUGCUCGUGCGCCUGCCACCGAAUUCGACCCACUUGCCAAUCACCCAGCAGCAUCUAAAGUGAUGGCCCAGCAACAACCGAGCCGGAAGCCAAGCUCGACAUUCCAGCCUCGCGAGCGGGAGAUCAUUGGUACCACGUACACUUGGAGUAGUCCGAACAGUGAAUUCAACCAAAGGAAGGCAAGCCUGGUGACCCGUUUGCAGAUCCAAGCCCGCGUGCUCUGGGCUACCAUCUCUGCCCCCUUCAACAGCCUGCUGACCUUGCAUCGCCCAUUGUUCACGGUGGCGGUACCACUACCCGCUCUGCAUGAAGCCAUGCUUAUCCACUCCGUUCGCCCAACCCAGAAACACAAUCUUAACAUGCCUUCGGUGCCAGCCACCCCACUCCACAGCGAGCCCAACUUGCUCGCCUCGAUGGCAUUGGCUCCGCACAUACUUAUUCAUAUGUGUCAGUGUCCGGACCGUAUGCUGGCUGGUGCCAAAUGCUUCGUGAGUUCGCGUAUUCAAGCUGCAAUGGAUAUUGACCUUUGCAACUUGGCUAAGCUGGAAGCAGUUAUGUCGGUUGUGGAAAUGGCCGGUAGCGCCCCUGAAGGAUGUGAAAUGUGGGUUAGGGAAGGUCCCGCCGUGAAGAGAGGUUGGAGGAGACAGAAGAUGUGGAUCGACAUCCGCAUAGUUGGGAUCGCCAUCCGCACAGAUGUGGAUCGACAUCCGUUAUUAGUCAAAUUUGCAUCCACACAGUUGGGAUUGCCUUCCGCACAACUGUGGAUCUGA